AUUCGCAGGUCUGCCAAAGUGCUCACCCUCGGCCUGGCAGCUUCCCGCACGCAAGUGGACGUCUUCCGGGUUCUCCUUGAUCUCGGCGCUCGCAUCGACAUCCCAGGUCUUGAACGGAACGGUGUCCGCCGGCUCGUAGACGCCAUAACACGGCCAGUCGAUGGUGACUGGGAGAUCCUGCGUCUCUUUUACAAUGCGCACCUACAUAUCCAGGCCCUUCAGAUGUUACGAGGAGGCCCUGCAUUCCCGCGGAUACUCGGGUGAAGUCCUCGCCCGUUGCGAAACCGCUUAUACCCGCUGGGUAGGAGCGUAUACCCUUCGGAGCAACGACCUGUUGAGAGAGUGGAAAAAAUGGCCAUCCGAAGGUCGUGACCCGGACGAAGUGCGUUCAACUCUGCGUGUUCAUCUACUUGACUACUUGAUCAAGGAUCUCGGGAAUUCUCCCACAACUCUCCUCACACAGUACAUUCUCGCUAGAGGGGAGCUCAUUGACCGAGAAGAGGAGACCACAUACACUGUGAUUGAGUACCUCCUCACCGAAGGGGGCAAUAUCAAUGCACCGGUCGCAGAGGAUGGCUGCACCGCGCUGCAUCGUCUGUGUCAGACGUACCGUACUCGCAUCGAGGCGUGGGAAAGUAUUUCGACAGAUGCUGUGAAAGCGCAAAGGGAAUUCUUCCGGUUCCUGAUUCAUAAGGGCGCAGAUUGGUCGAUUGUCAUCGGUGGUCGGACGGCGUGGGAUAUGCUGGUUAAAGAUGCUGCGAGUUGUUACGGCCAAUUGGGGGACUGGGAGAGGGUUUUAAAAUCAAUACGUUAACCGGAAGUCCAAAUCCUACACAAUAUAUACCUCGUAACCAGCGAAAUCCCUCCGCACACUGUUUAUACGUUCCUUCUAACCCUUAUAGUCGUUUCCAGCAGCCCAAUAGACUCUAACAUCAGCACUAGCAUAAUCGGC